GAAAAUUUAUUUUCAUGAGAUAUGCGUGGUGUCCUUAUUUUCAUGUAUUGUUUGUCCGUUUUAACAGGCAUUUCUUCAAAUGUUAAAUUUAUACAUGAACCUAAGGACUCCUGCAUACCUUGGCGUGGUCACAGUCAACUCAUUUGCAAAGUUGAUCACCCCAAAGCAACUUAUUCCUGGCUAGCAAUACGCCAUGCACCUUUGGAUUUGAUUUUUUUAAAUGGACGUCUUCAUUUUUUAAAAGAAUCUAAUGUGUUGUUUGAAAAAUCUGAAGUUAUUGUUGAAAAUUCUUCAUUUGUAAAUGUUAAUACUCUCGAUGGUCGUCUACUUCUCAAACAUCCCACAUCAGUUGAUAAAAUUAAUCGAUCGAAAUCUUUAAUGCUUCACUACAAGUCAUGGCUUGAAGGUUCUUAUCGAUGUAAAGCUUCUGUUCCCGGUCAAGGUAGUUUGGUUAGUCAUGCUGUAAAUAUUCGUCUUUCUGAUCUCUUUCUUGAACCCAAUCUACCAACAACUCAUGGUCUCCUUUCUAAUUCACAUCAACCGUUAAUUACUGAAUUUCAACAGUAUUCAACCGCUCCAGUUAUUAUAUCGGAGAUAGACACUAAUAAACAUCCUAGCCUUGGCGGAGGUAGUUUCUAUCCAGGAGAAGUAGUUGUUCUUCGCUGUCCAUUGAUAGCAAUAAGUUCGGUUAAACCAAUCAUACGAUGGUUUCAUGUCACAUCAGAUGUAAUGGUUAUGCAACCUGUCGGUUUCGAUACAGACUUCAGUCAUUCCACUUGGCCAAAUAGUUAUGAAGCCAUCCCAUUGGAUGGUGGUCGGUGGCUUGAAAUUCACUUGGGUCAUUUAAAUACUUCCCCGACAAGUCACGAGCACGAUCAAUCAGAAUGGAAUGAAAAUUUUGAAUCUCUUCAUAAUAAUAAUAAUGAUCCAGAUAAAAAAUCUCAACCAAAUGAAUAUUAUUUUCGUGCUGGUUUUGGUGAAUAUUUUUGUGAAGUACAUAUACCAUCAAUACAACAAGUAGAUAAUGUGAUUAGUCAACCAGAUAAAAUUGGAUUAAAUAAUACAGGACCAUAUAUACCUGUUACUUUAUUCUCUGCUGCUACUGCCACCUCUUCAUCUCCGUCAUCAUCAACAACUGUUGUCAGUAAAUUAAAGACUUCAAAUUCUAGAAGUGAAGUUGUCUGGUCUGUUCAGGCAUAUGAGUUAGUACAAGUUGAAUUUCCAUCCAUAUUCAUGCAUUCUAUCGAGAUUAUUUCAGCAGUAUCGUCAUCAUCAUCCGACCAUGAUGUAAAAAAUCAACAGCUUAAUUCAAAUAAUCGGCAUCAACUUCAGGAGCGGCAUAAUGAAUUAUGGCGUAAGGUGAACUCUUCAAUUACACUUCUAUGCGCAAGCAAUAUUCGAUUCAGUAAUGAUAAUAACGAUGUUUUUGAUCGAUCUGGCAUACUUUGGUUUAAUUCAAGUCGAUUAACUGAUGGUUAUGGUAUUCAGUGGAAGAAAGAUGGUGAAAUUUUAUCGGAUAAACAAUUUCGAAUGAACCCCAGCCGUUUUCGUAUAAUUGGAAGUGCUAGCCUCUUGAUAAAUAAUGCACAACUUGAAGAUACUGGCAUUUACUCAUGUCAAGCCGUAAAUUUCAUGAUGAAUUCCGUCUUAGAUGAAACAACUAUUCAAUUGAUUAUUGGUAACUCACCUGUUCUAAUGAAUGCUUCAUCGACUGAAUUGCAGGCAAAAUUACAUUUCGAACAGAUAUUAUGGUGCAAUUUUGAAACAUACUAUCCAACAAUUGUACAGUGGCGUAAAAAUGGUGAAAUAAUUCAAGAUAGUGAAUAUUUUCGUAUCACAAAUAAUUUUACUCCACUUUCCAAUCAAUCUAAUCAUGUCCAACACCACCAUCAGUACCUCCGACAGAAACAGCAACAUAUCAUGACACAAAUUAAAAUACAAAGAAUUUUACCGAAUGAUUCAGGUUAUUUUCAGUGUUUAGCAGAGAACAGAUUUGGCUCUGUUCAACAUACAAUUAUGCUUCAUGUUGUGCAAUCUAAUUCAAAUGAUUACAUAAAUGAUGGAGUUGACUAUAAUAAUAAUAAUAAUAAUUUAUAUAUGUUUAUACCUACAAAUGUCGAAGUGUGGAACAUUAGUGAUACACAUGCUUACGUUAUGUGGGAUGAACCACAAUGGUAUUUGUCAAAACCGUUCAUGUAUUUUAUACAAAUUGAAUCAGAUGAUACACCAGGUCAUCUCACUGUGAAUACAACAAAAUCAGUUAUUCUACUCGCUGAUCUUCAACCGGAAACUAAGUAUACGCUAAAAAUAUUUCCAGCUUUAACAAAAGAUUUCAGUCAACAACGAUCUAAUAAUAAUAAUUUUGCAUCGGUUCGCUUUACUACAAAGCCAUUGAUUCAUCGUCCUCCUGCUGUAAAAGAUAUAUCUGCUGUGUCGUGGAACUAUGGCACACUGACUAUUUCAUGGAAGACUCCAUUGUCUGAUGGUUCUGAGAAUGAUAAAAUUGCUUCCUACCAAAUCAUACUUCGUUCACUCACUACUACGUCCAAACCAAAUGAUGAUAAUACUGAUGCCGAUCCCAUAUCACCUAAAUUACUAACUGAAAUCAAUGUACAUACAUCGAAUUUAACAGUUACCAAUAACGGUGAUCGAUUAAGUUAUACGGUAUUAAAUUUAACACCAGAUGCUUUCUAUCAAAUUACUGUCUAUCCUAUCACUGAAACCAAUAUAACUGGUCAUGUUGCCUAUUUGACAUCUUCACCACGAGUCACCUCAAGGCCACCAUCAAAACCACCAAUGAAUCUUCGUGUACACUCGAUUGGUGCACAUGUAGCCACCGUAUCAUGGGAACCACCUCCAGUAAAGUAUAGAAAUGGUCAAUUGAUUGUUUAUCGUAUUAAUAUUUCAUGCGAGGAUUGGUUACGUUCACGUCAUAUUAUGGUACAGAAUAAAUUAAGUCAGUUAAUACAAGGUUUAACUUCUGGUAUGGAAUACGAGUUAACAGUUUCAGCGGCUACACGGGCAGGCAAUGGUCCUGAUUCAGAAGUUCUAACAUUUACCACAAUGACUCAAAAGAAUGAAGCGGAUUUUGAUGCAGAAAAUAACAAGAAUAAUGAUGGUUAUAUGUUAUCCAGUGAUGCUUUAUCAGAGGAUUUUGGGGCGCCAGUUAUUGAGCACCGUCAACCAUCUUCGUUGUCAGAUAAUAAAUUAUUUAGUCCUGUGUUAGGACCGGUCGAAAAUCUUCAAUUUUUAGCUGAAGAACAAAGUUUAUUGGUAAUGUGGUCACCUCCGAUUUUCUCUUAUUCAUCGGGACUUUCUCGUACUCCCCCUAGUAAUGGUCAUCAUAACAACAAGAUUUCGAAUAUUCAAUUUAGAGGAGGUAGCAGAGAUCAUCGAACAGAUAUAUCACAUUAUAUAGUUGCUUGGGGUAAAAUGCAUCCUGGACCAGAUUCUGUUGAAUUGCCGAAAAAUCAGACAAGUUAUUCCAUACAGAAAUUAGAACAAGAUACUACUUAUUUUAUUAAAGUAGUUGUAGUCGGUAAAAAUCAUGAGAUGAAAGAAGCUUUUAUAUCGGCUAGAACAAAGCCAAGUUCUUCUAGUGAACACCUGCCAAUCCCCUUGAAUUUACACGUUUCUUCAUCUGAUUCGAAUUGGGCAAUAUUAACAUGGGAUAAAACAGAAUGUACCCUACAGUCACACGAGAACAAUAAUAAUAAUAAUAAUAACAAUAAUGCUGGUCUUAAUGAGAAUAGGAGAACUAAUAUGAGGAGUCAAUCAAAUCAACUGAAAGCAUCGACUAUGAAUGAUUGUUUAAAUAAUAAUAAUAAACAUUUCAUUAAAUUUUAUCAAGUUGCUUAUCAAAUAAUUGGCUAUUCAUCAAAUCGAACUAGAAUUAAAAAUUUCAAUAAUGAUGGAGAUAAUGUAGAUAAGAAGGAGAAUAAUGAUGUUGGUGAUGCUGAUGUACACAUAACAAAUGAAAAUCGUCGACAAGAUUCACCUACGCCACCAUUGCCUCCUCUUGAUAGAACACAACAUAUGAUCAGUGUAACUGAGAAUUGGGCUAAAUUAGAAAAUUUACAAUUUGGCCGAUUAUAUUCUGUAGUUGUUCGAGCUGUUGGUGAAAAGAAAUUGUUGAAAAAUUCACAUUACACUCCUAUUACUAAUGAUAAUAAAAAUAAUAAUCAUGAUCAAGAACAAGCGUUGAAUAAUAUUCUGUAUAGUGAAUGGAGUUUAGAGCAGAUUAUUGAGACACCGGAAAAAAGGCCUGGUGAUUCUCCACGUGAUAUUUACUUGAUUGGUCUUAGUGUUGGAGUUGACGGAGGAGUUGUUGGACCCUCUUCCCCCUCCUCUUCAUCGUCAUCUAUGGGAGAACAAUUACAAAAAUCACCCGUCAGUAUACAAAUAAGUUGGCAACCACCUAUUCAUCCAAAUGGACCUUUAACUGGUUAUCUACUUUAUUACACGAUAAAUCAUAGUUUACCUUUAAUAAAAUGGUCGAAACGACAUUUACCACCCGAUAGUUUGAAUACAGUUAUAUCUGGACUUGUGCGUAAUGCUAUUUAUGCAUUUUGUUUAAAAGCUACAAAUUCAUUUGGUGAUGGUCCGAUUUCAUCAGUGAAAUUUUAUCGUACACCAGAUGUUUAUGGUCAAGGCGGUGGUGUUCUAACAUUUGCCGAACAUGAUUCAAUGAAAUCUAUAGAUCCAAUUAGUUCAUUAAAACAUCAUGAUAGUAUAGAUAAUGAUAAAAUUGUCAAUUAUCCAGCAGAUUUAAUUUUUGUCAAACAACCUUCAACAUUAUUAAAUAAUGGGAAACAAUAUUAUGGUAGUAGUAAUACUACAACAAUUGAUACAGUUCUAUAUACACCAAUAAAAAAUUCCUGGUUGAUUUUUGGAAUUAUGAUUGGAUUUUCAAUAAUGAUUCUUAUAAUUCUUGUAAUUUCAUUAUUUUAUCGAAAACAUCGUCGUAAUUUUGGUCCACUAAUGAAUUAUAAACUUGGACAAAAUUUAACUCGUUUACCUGAUGGGGAUAAUUUAAACGAGACUAGUAAUAAUGCUACUAACAAUCGAAAUCGUAACAUAAACACCCAGAACAAUUCAAUUUCUUCGCAAUAUUUUGGAAAGAAACGUAAAUGCCUCGCAAAAUCUUCAUUUGGUGGAGUUGGUGCAAAUGCAGGUACGACAGUGGGUAAUCAAGAUGUAGCCUUGUUAAUGAGUAAUGGUGAAGCACUGUUAGCUUCGGAUAACAUGGAUUGUGGUGUUGUUGAUGGUCUACAACAACCAUUGUCUAAUUUAUUAGUUAGUGGUGCUUUAGUCACUAUGCCGAAUGUGUUGACAACAUCAAUGAAUUUAUCGUCAGCUACUGUUGGCGUCGGUGCUUCUAGUGGAAGCGGUAUUGUUGGUGCUGGACAAAUUUCAUCAGCUGGAAUUACACCAAAUCAAGGUGUGUUAUAUCAUAAUCAGAACAAUAUGAAUACUGGUUCAUAUUCAUGGGAUCGUGAUUCUGACUCAUUACAAUUCGCUUCUGUAUCACAAGAACGUACAGUUGGUAGUAGUCAAUCGCCCAAUAAUAUAACCACUGGUGGUCAUGGACAAUUGACUCCAACAAAUGGCGGUAGUGCUGGAAGUACAAAUUCAGCCCAUGGUAGCAUUGGUACCCCGACAAGAAUAAUACCUAAUUUAGCCUAUCACCAAGUACAUAGUUUUCCGAAUGAUCCAACUUUGGGCUAUUCUUAUCCAACAGCGUCAAUAAUUCCAAAUAUAGUUAAUCCUAUGGUCAUUCCUUCACAUUCAUCAGUCAAUAGUAAUAGUAUUCCAAUUACCGGUUAUCCAAAUCAUUUAUUACCUUCUAUCAUGCCAUCGAAUAGUAUUAAUAAUAAUAGUAUUAGUAGUAAUAAUAAUAAUAUGCACAAUUAUUUGGUACACUAUUAUCCGACUACAUCUAUGUAUAAUCAUCAUUUAAAUAGUAGAAUGCCAACAGAUCGAUUUCCAUCAAUAGUUGCUCCUCAACCUCCACCUCAUAUGGUCUAUACUGGACAAUCAUCAUCAAGAUAUCCUGUACAGUGUAAUAUCGAUCAGUCUCAAAUGGUGGCUACAUAUGCUCAUGUAAUUAAUCCAUCCGCCUAUACACCUAUUGGUCAACCAGGAUUUGUCAAUGUGAAUACACCUCGAGUAAAUGCGGCUGAAAUUAUGUCAUUUACAAGCUCAGAAGAUAUCGGACCAGUUGUAUCAACUUCUGUGAAUGAAAAUGAUUUAACUCAGAAAUUUUUACCUGUUAAUGGAGAUGAUCAUUCGCGGAAUAAGGCAUACAUUAGUAGUCCUGCAAAUCAUACACAUACUACACCUAAAUCGAAACGUACUUCAUCCGGAGCAACUGGUUCUCGUUCAAUAACAUCACCUAGACGGCGACCAUUGCCUAAUUCAAAUCGAAAUGAGCGAAAUGCUGAUUUACAUUCCAGUGGAUCUAUUGUGGUAGACCAACAGAAUUGCAUGAAUCGUAGUAAUAAUAAUAGUAAUAACAAUACAAUGGCACACAUGAAACCAGGAUCUAAUCGUAGUUCUGUAAUUGCAAAUAACAAUGGAGUUGAAGGUGAACAUGAGGGUGUUCAAAAAGCAUUUAGUAGUGAAGAACUUACACAAGAAAUGGCUAAUUUAGAAGGUUUAAUGAAGGAUCUUAGUGCUAUAGCUCAAGAAGAAUUUAAUUGUUAAUAUUUUUACAAGAAAUAUAAACAUCAUUUAUUAUUAUCAUUAUCAUUAUGUAAUUAUGGUAACUGUUGAGUUGUUUUUGUAUUUUCUUCAAAUUGAAUUGCAUUUUAUUUUAAUCGCCAUAAUGGUGGUGAUAAGUUACUUGUACAUUUAUGCACAAUAUCAAUCAUGAUAUAGAUACUGUAUAUUUGAUUAUUUUCCUCCCUUUUUCCCUCUCCCUGUGUGUGUGUGUGACAUAAUUAUUGAUUCAAAUCAAAAUCUUUGUAAAUUUAGAGUGCAACAAUACCUCAGUGCGUAUGCUCAACAUAUUUAUUAUUUUUGUUCAUUUUUUUGUUCAUACUUAUUUCAGUUUAUCAACACUUAUGGCAUUAGUUUCCUAUUAUAUUCAUCUAUUUAUGUAUCUGUUUUGAGGUUGUCAGCUUAUUACUACUGUGCAAUUUCAUUGCUCUCUACUCUCUUCUGUACAACAGAAUCAUCAGUAAGAAUAGCUAAUGGAAGUGAUUUAAUUCCCGAUUUUUGUUUCCUUAGUGUUUUCUUUUUCUAUUUUCACAUUUACUCCUAUCCUUACUCACUUCCUGUUUAGGUAUCUAAUUUUUUCUAUCGAUUAUCCUUAAUAUGUAUGAAGUUGUUUCUUUACUGUCCGUCCUAAUGACAUUCAUUUCUCUCUCGUCAUUUUCGGUGAUUUCGUGUUACUACUUAUUUUAAGAUAAGUAGUAUACGUGUAUUACACAAAAAUUUUGACAUAGGGGAUAUAAUUUACAAAGAGAGGAAAAAUAUAAUCAUGAUUUUUAGCCUGAAUUUUACAUUCUGUCGUUAAGUUUUGUUAUUCUACUAAAGCAGCAUUUUUUGAGUUUAUCUUUUCCUUUUUAAAAAGAUGAUGUUUGAAUAAUGAGACCAUGACCAUUUUUGUCUAUGCUAAUUUUUGUAAUGUAAUUAUUUAUGGUUUAUUUUCUUUAUUUAAUUAUGCCCCCCCCCUCACUUUUCAUCUUCUUUCUCUCUAUCUUGAUGUUUAUUGUACACUUUGUAUUGUAUUUUGUUUCUUUUUUGUUGCUUUUUGUUUCCUAAACGAAUUGUUUAUUCUUCUGAAAGGGAUACAAUAUGUGAAUCAAUAGUAAUGAUGAUGUGUAUUUUCGUUUAUCUUUGCUUUGUGUAUCCAUCAUAUUUAUGUACAGAUCAACAAUGAAUUAUUCUAUUCAAAAGUGAAUUUCCGUUCGUU